UAAUCCACAUUGCAUUCGAGCAAAGCAUCGUGCUCGUGCCAUCAUACUAAACUGCUAGCAAAUCGUACUGGCUGUUCAGCCAUCACCUCAUCAUCAUUAGCCAGCUCUCUCUCUCUCUCUCUGCCGUAUUGAUUGAUACAAGAACAAGAGAUCGCUAGCUACAUCUUUCUCCGCAUUAAUACGCGAGUAAUCUUUGAUUCGGUGCGUGACCCAGAUCGACGGAGAUAGUAAUGGCGCCUAACGGGGACGCAGCGGUCGCGGCCGCACCGGCGCCGGCCCCGAAGGCGGCGCGGCGGCAGGCGAAGCCGAGGAGGAUCUCGAUGGAGGGGCUGCAGCGCGCCAUGUCCGACCUGGCCCUGGAGCUCGCCAGGGACAGGAAGGCCGCCGACGCCAAGCCGCAGCCGCAGCAGCUGCUGCCGGCGAUCACGGAGCAGCAGGUGGAGGACGCGCGGUGCGAGUGCUGCGGCAUGCAGGAGGAGUGCACGCCCGAGUACGUGCGCCGCGUCCGGGAGCGCUACUGCGGGCGCUGGGUGUGCGGGCUGUGCGCGGAGGCCGUCAACGGCGAGGCCGACAGCCGACACGGGGGACGCACGGAGGAGGCGCUGGCGGCGCACAUGGCCGUGUGCGGUCGCUUCAACCGCGUCGGCCGCGCCAACCCCGUGCUCAUGCAGACGGAGGCCAUGCGGGAGAUCCUGAGGAAGAGGUCCAGGUCCAACAGCCCCAGGGACCACGGCCCUGGCGGCGCCCUCGCCAGGAGCUCCAGCUGCAUCCCGGCCAUAACCAAGGACUUCAACUGAGCUGCGGCUCCUUCUUGGCUUCAGCUUCGUUAGCUAGCUGGGCAUGGAUGGGCUUGUAUCUUUUGUAGUAGCAUGCAUCAACAUGCUAGUUAAGUUUGCAGUUUCUGGCAUUUUGCUAGGUGAAUAACCGGUUAUCUUUCAAUUUUCAUUAGGAGAACAAUUUUUUUCGUGGCUUUGUAAGACGUUUCGGUUGUACUAUACACACAUAAAUAUUAAAUACUGAUAAAAAAAUUGUGAAUA